AUGUCAUCAGAAUCUAAGCUCAUGUUAGGUUUUCGAGUUCACCCAACGGAUGAAGAGUUAAUCAACUAUCUGAAAAAUUUCGUGCUCCGUGGAGUAUUGCCACCUACGGAUGUUAUUAAAGUAGUGGACCUAUUUGGAGACUCCGAGCCAUGGCAGAUUAUCAUUGAUGCUUCAGAGGAGAAAACGCGAUACUUUCUUUCCCCAUUGAAGAGAUUCAAGAAUUCAACCAAAAAAUUUCAAAAAACAGUCGGGAAAGGGACUUGGAAAGGCCAAACAAGUGGUAAGCCAAUAACUAAAGAUGGAUCGAAAUAUAUAAUUGGAUUUAAGAGAAGUUUGAAGUACCAUAGUGAUAUAGAAAAAGACCACAAUGAUAAUGGCUCAUGA